AUGGCAAUUCUUUUAACUUUGAUGACACUUCCAUUGUACAAUAAUUUCUCUAUCUAGGGAGUUAAUCAUAAUCUUCACUUUAAUCCAAAUGCAACAAAACAUUUAUCUAAUACUUAAACUGCUAAACAAGAAAUGAAUGAUUAAAAUUUACAAUGUAAUAUAUAUCUCUUUUUAUCCAUUGUUCAUGGCAUCAAACGAUUAAAUAAACUAUUUAUUUAGACAUGUUCUAAUAGAGAUUAGUUUCUCCAUUUAUUUGACACUUAACAAUAUUCCCUCUUACUUUAAAAAGUUCUCUAAAUUGUAAAUCAAUAUUUCAAUGAUGAAAACACAAAGAUUUAAUAUGAAAAACAUGCAAUAAAUAGAUCAUGGCACUCUUCUGAAUAGAAACCAUAUUAACAAUACUAAUAGCCUAUAUAAAUAUAAAACAAUAACGAUAAGUUUUAAUAGAUGAUAAAGAAAAUUAUUUCAACUGAUUUAGAUCCGUUAAAAUCAUUGAUUCAUAAAGUUCAAGAUUAAAAUAAAACAUAUUAAUAUUCAUAAACCAAAAUAAAUAAUACACCCCAAGUGUCAUUUCACCAAAAUGAAAAGAUAAUGAAAUCAAAUUCUUUAAAAGAUUAAUUGAAAGAUAAAAUUGCUAAAUUAACUAUGUAAAAUACUUAUCUUUGUAAAGAAAAAAUUGUUAAAACUAAUUCAGAUUCUGUUCAAUAUACAUAAAACAAUAUAGCCAUUAAUGAAUCUAUGAAUGAGAAAUAAUUUGAGAAAGAUAUAAUUUAAAAAUAAAAUAAAACAAACUUUGGAUAACAUAUAUUAUUCAAUAAUCUCAUUCAAUAAGAAGAAUAACUUAUAUCUUAAUAAAAUAAUAUAAAAUAAUAAAAGACAAUACAUGAAUCAAUUCCAAUAUUUGUUUAAAAUCAAAAAACAGAUUUUGCAGUUCAAACUUCUGAAUAAUAAAUUGAUGCAUAAUUAAUUUAACCUAAAAAUGAUGAAAUAUAAUACAUCUAAAAUCAAGAGGAUAAUCUUCAUACUAGUUGUAAUGAAUAAAGUGUGAAGAGAUAAGAAGUUUCAAUGAAUAGAGUAAGAUAUUGUCAAGAAUGUAAAAAUAAAAAUAAAUACAAUAAUGUUGCUUCUAGUGCUUCUCCAUAAAAAAGUGAUAGACAUAAUCGUGAAAUCUAUUCAAUUGAUUAUGUUUAACAUAAAAGAAAGAUUGGUAAUACUUGUACAAAUAGAAAUUUUAAUAUUUUAACGAAUGCUUAAUUAGGAUGA